AUGGGCAGUGGUACCGUUUCAGCACCAGGUCAUGUGCCUAUCGACCCGAAUCCUAGCGCAGCAUCUGCCCCAGGCGAAGUCAACCUUGAUGACUCCACCCGACAAGUACCCUCUCCUCUAGCCUCCGGGGUAAUAUCUCCAGCUUUGGACCUACUGAAGAGUCUGCUUAAACAACAAGGUUACGAAGUAUCCAAUCCAGCAGCAUGCACAGAUGACACCACCCUCCUCCGGUUUUUGAGGGCACAAAGGUUCAAUCCAGAACAAGCCCUGCAACAAUUUCACUCUGCCCAAAAAUGGCGCCAGGAAAAUAAUAUUCCAUCCUUUUAUCAGGACAUGGAUAUUGAUUAUUACGAAGAGACCAGAAAAAUGUAUCCCCAAUGGAUCGGUCGAAGAGACAAUGAUGGACAUGCCAUUUACAUUUUCCCUGUGCGGCACUUAACAAAAAAGAUGUUGGGCGCAUAUCUCAAGAAAAUUUCUUCCUGCCCAUCAUCGAAAGCGCACCGGCCGUCGAAUCUUUUACCGGAAGACCUUCACUUCCACGCUCUCUACGAAAAUCUGCUGCAGUUUGUAUUCCCACUUGUGUCAGACCUACCGAGGCCGGAUAUGUCCACACCUAUCAGCGCGUCUACCCAUAUUGUCGAUGUUAGUGGGGUGAGCAUUCGCCAGUUUUGGAGUAUUCGCAAGUAUCUCCAACAAGCUAGUGCCACUGCCACGAUUCAUUACCCAGAGACUCUGGCCAAGGUAUUUGUCAUUGGUGCACCGGCAUUCUUCAAAUCCAUCUGGGACGUAAUCAGUCAAUGGUUUGAUCCUGUCACCCGGUCGAAGAUUUUUCUGCUGUCUUCAUCGGAAGCUAACGCAGUACUGCGGCAAUAUAUCGACCCGGCCAAUCUACCUGUCAAGUACGGUGGGAUUCUUAAAUGGGAGUGGCAGGAUCUACCGAAUCUGGAUGUUCAUGCCAGACGACUUGUUGAUAAUCUCUACGAGAAGACGGAUCAGGGAGAGAUUUUUGCUAAAGGCCCUGUAAUCUUCGAGAAUGGUUGUAUCAAGCUGCUGGGUACGAUUAAUGGGAAGCCUAGGAGGAACAACUAUUGUCCACGAUGA